CAUCUCUAAACCCCGCCUCACCUCGCCACUGUGCCUCCAAAUCCUCCGCCUCGUCCCCUCCACCUUAUCCUCUCGGCUCGCCCCCAGCUCCUCCGUCUCCCAAUGGCCUCCGCCAACGCCAUCUCCACCGCCUCCCUCCUCCGGCCCCUCUCUCAGGGCAGGGCGAGGAGGGCCAGGAACGGCCGGUUGCAGCGGUUCGUAGUCCGUGCCGACGCCAAGGACAUCGCCUUCGACCAGAAGUCCAGAGCGGCGCUCCAGGCCGGCGUCGAGAAGCUCGCCAACGCCGUCGGUGUCACCCUCGGUCCCCGAGGAAGGAAUGUAGUGCUGGAUGAGUAUGGCAGCCCCAAAGUUGUAAAUGAUGGAGUAACUAUUGCCCGGGCUAUUGAGCUGUAUGAUCCAAUGGAAAAUGCUGGUGCAGCACUAAUUCGUGAGGUUGCUAGCAAGACCAAUGAUUCUGCUGGUGAUGGGACUACAACUGCUUCUGUCCUUGCUCGUGAAAUUAUCAAGCUAGGCCUUCUGAGUGUAACGUCUGGUGCAAACCCUGUGUCACUUAAGAAGGGAAUUGACAAAACUGUGCAGGGUCUAAUUCAGGAGCUUGAGAAUAGGGCUAGACCAGUCAAGGGUGGUGGUGAUAUCAAAGCUGUUGCAGCUAUCUCUGCUGGCAAUGAUGAAUUCAUCGGAUCCAUGAUUGCCGAAGCAAUUGACAAAGUGGGCCCUGAUGGUGUCCUUUCAAUUGAGUCUUCAUCAUCCUUUGAGACUACUGUUGAUGUUGAAGAAGGAAUGGAGAUUGACCGUGGAUAUAUUUCCCCACAAUUUGUUACCAACCUCGAGAAAUCUAUUGUGGAGUUUGAGAAUGCUAAGGUUCUUAUUACUGAUCAGAAGAUCACAAGCAUAAAGGAAAUCCUUCCAAUUUUGGAGAAGACCACACAGCUGAGAGCCCCACUGUUCAUUAUCGCUGAGGACAUUACUGGUGAAGCUUUGGCAACUCUUGUUGUUAACAAGCUUCGAGGAAUCCUUAACGUUGCAGCAAUUAAGGCCCCAAGCUUUGGUGAGCGGCGGAAGGCUGUCCUUCAGGACAUUGCCAUUGUCACAGGUGCUGAGUUCCUAGCAAAAGAUCUUGGUUUGUUGGUUGAAAAUGCUACAGAGGAACAACUUGGGACAGCAAGGAAAGUCACGAUACAUCAGACCACAACCACCCUGAUAGCAGAUGCAGCCAGUAAAGAUGAGAUCCAAGCGAGGGUUGCACAGCUAAAGAAGGAGCUUGCUGAAACUGAUUCAAUUUAUGAUACUGAGAAAUUGGCUGAGAGAAUUGCGAAACUUGCUGGUGGUGUUGCUGUUAUCAAGGUUGGAGCUGCAACUGAAACUGAGCUUGAGGACCGCCAGCUACGAAUUGAGGAUGCAAAGAAUGCCACUUUUGCCGCUAUCGAGGAGGGCAUUGUUCCUGGAGGUGGUACGGCAUAUGUGCACUUAUCCACCAUUGUCCCCUCGAUCAAGGAAAAAAUUGAGGAUCCUGAUGAGCGCCUUGGUGCUGACAUUAUUCAAAAGGCAUUGGUGGCACCUGCUUCACUGAUCGCGCACAAUGCUGGAGUGGAGGGUGAAGUGGUUGUUGAGAAGGUCAAGGAGAGUGAGUGGGAAGUGGGCUACAAUGCAAUGACAGACAAGUACGAGAACCUGAUUGAGUCAGGUGUGAUCGACCCUGCCAAGGUAACUAGGUGUGCGCUCCAGAAUGCGGCCUCAGUGUCGGGGAUGGUCCUAACCACACAGGCCAUUGUUGUCGAGAAGCCAAAGCCGAAGCCUCAAGUGGCUGAUCCCGCGGAGGGCACCCUUACUGUGUAAAUUUUAACGUUCUUGAGGCCGCUGUUUAUUAGAUGGUUCAGAUCAGUUGAAAAGGGUAGAAACUUCGGUUUGACAAUUUUGAUUGGGGUCCACUGGAAGGUGUAUAGUAGGAUUGCCAUUUUGCGGAUGAAAGGUGAUUUUACAUGGGUCUGAACUCGUGCAAAUCAAAGAAAUUUCAAUCACCAUUUUUGAAAUAAA